AUGGCCAACGGGUCUCAAACCACUAUGGCAACUGGAAUAGGUCUAGCAAGUCCACUUCCUUCCUCACCUUUAGAUUCAGUUCUUUAUGUUCCCGCUUCACCAUCUACAGCUCCAGUUGCAGCUCCACCACCUAUAGCUCCAGUUCCACCACCUACUCCAGUUCAACCUUCUACAGCUCCACCACUCUUAACUUAUUAUCGUCGUCCGCGCCCAGCAUAUGGCCCAGCUGAUUCACGUCCUGCACCUGACCGUGCUAAUACUGCGGAUUUGUCUCCUCUUAGUCAACCGAUUGCACUACGGAAAGUUGGGGUAGAAGAAGCGUAUCCUGCAAAACGGUAUUCAUUUCUCACUAUAGUUGCAUAUUGGGUGGCGGUGCAUGUACUUGGAGCUCUUUCUUGUCCAAGGAAAGAGUUGUAG